UAUACAGGACUUACAAUGCGGAAGCUAUGACAACUCGUCAACAACGCAACCGUACAGUGUGUGAUUUCUGUGAAUACACGAGUCCUGGGACACUUAUAUGCGAGGUAUGUCUUCUGAAGUAUUGUGACGGCUGCUUUGAAACGUAUCAUCCAAUGAAGGGCCCCCUGUCCGAUCACCAAGUCACUCGGACAUGCACAGACAUCGAUCAGGAAAAAUGUCCCCUGCACAACGAAAGAUAUUUACAUUACUGUGUCACCUGCUCGAAACGACUGUGCCCUCAUUGUUUGGUGAUGCCGGACAGAAACAAACAUACUUUACUGAGGCAGCCACACAAGUUUCAUGACAUCCAGACGACCGAGCAACACGUUGCGAAACAGAAAAAAAACCUCCUGGAGCAGAUUGAGAAGGUCAGUCAUGCGAUUGCAGCGGCGCAAAUUGACGAGGACACGAUCGAGGACAGAAAGAUUCAGCUAGAGCUGUCAUGGCUGUCAUACAAGCAGCAAGUGCGCCAAGAGUUCGUGUCUCUUCAUGAUCUCCUCCUUGAAAGAGAAAAGGAUCUCCUGGACAAGAUGCAGAAGUGCGUAGAAGAGUCCUUGGAGUCGAUGACGUCACUUGAAGAUCUGCAAAAGACAUUCACAGCACAGGAGGCCAUCUUAACAGAAGAAAAUAUCAAACUGGUUCAAGACAGGUCCAGAGUCAGGUUUCUGAAUGGCUACAAGAACAUUGUUCAGCGGUGCGAGGAACUGUAUGACAACGCCCUACUGAUACCCACUGUGGAUGACUUCACUCCAUCCUUCCUCAAGAUGCCCUUCAGCCUCCUGGAGGAGAAGCUUCACUUGGACAACGCUCUCCAGUUUCAGGCUUACGACGAGGCUUGUGUAGAGCCCAAAAGUCGCAUGGCGUAUGUGGAUUCGAACCAGGUACAAAAACCCAUGAGGUGUUUCGACUUGUGGGACCCCCCAUCCAACAUCCCCGCUUCCACGGUGUGUGUGUACAACAUAGAAGUCAGGGCCAAUGCCUGCUCUAAAGUCGUCAAGUACACAAACCUGCCAAUCGACGACUUCGUCUUCAACAGUAUCGGCAGGGUGGACUUGCAGCCGAACCGGAGAUACGUCCUGAAAGUAGUUCCGGUGUACACGUGUAGGGGCUGCGGAGGGACGGAGCACACCAUGGAUGGACUUCCGGUCUAUAUCAUGGUGUUAACAGGUCCGCCGCCCGCGAGGACUGAUCUUGUGAAGAGGAUUUCAUAUUUCAAUACCGAUAACUUGAAGCCCCGUCCACUAUUCGGCCCCAAGGCUCCGCGACACGCCACCCAGACCACACCCGAGGGAAGGUUCCAGUCGGAGUCGGUAUUUUUACACCACACUAGCUUUGAGGAAGCGCGGCUUAAGGAACAAGAGGUCGCUGGCCAGUCCGACACCGGAAGUGACGUUGAUGGCAGGUCUGAAACACUGUUGUUGAACACUGGUGAAGGACGACUCAGCGUUUCUGGUAGACAUGUUGAGGAUUUUAGUUUCGAGGAAACACGUUUCCAACACACUAAGUCAAUGACAGCUGAAGCAGACGUGAAUGGUCGCCAUGACAGUUUUGUUCUGGACGACAACAGGUAUCACACAGAGGAGCAGUUCUUGUCUCACCACAGCUUUGAGGAGUGUAGAUACCAUGACUGGUUGACCUCAACUUCACCGACUACACACCGAUCAGGACAUCUGGCACAGGGCGAUGCUUCAAGCUGAACAUUUUGUGAUGGCAUCUGUCUUUUCAGUACAUCAUCCCAUAUGCGUACAUGUCUUGUCAUGACCAACAUCAACCUCAGGUGACAACAUGUACAAGUGACGAAGGCUCAAGCAGUCAUCACAACACUAUCGCCAUGGAAACAUGCCGGUAGAGAAUCGGAGAAUUAACGGAAGAUCCAAGGAACGAGAAUAAAGAGAACAUGAUAGCUUCAUCAUGACAGUAACCGUUAUGUCCAAUUAAUUUGAUAUCUAAGGAAAGUCGGAGGUGAAGCAGGUCGUAGGCACUGAUCACGGGGUGGGACUGCGAGGUCAAUUAUCAUAAUCGGUGAGUAUUUGGGAUUAGAACCCAGGAACAAAAGAUCCUUGCCGCUCAGAGGCGGAUUUGGUGUGCCCAUAUACUUCACCAAAUGAAAUUUCUGGGAAACCGUUACUCGAAAACGUCUUUUCGUUGUGGCAGAGUCUGUGAACAAAUAAUAUGGAAUGAAAAGCGUCCAUGGAAACGCUUAUUUGGGUAAAAUGGUUCUUUCAUGAAUGAGUUUUAUGAUUUUAUGCUGAGUAUGAUAAUGUGUGAUAGAAACACCAGCAGUGAAUGGGUGGAAUAAGAUGGUAUAUGACUGUUAACCUUCUGUGUUAGGCUGUUUGAACAUAAUGUCCAUUUUGUUGUAUGCACUUAGAGCAUGCCCGUACGGCGUGGAAUUCAACAGUGGCCUUAUUAUUAGAAGUACACUGUCAACAUUCCUGACCGGUACAUAGGCAUCAUGGUUAGUGCACCAGCUUGCUUAUCAUAUUGAGCAGUUUCGGUGCUUUAAGAGCUGCUUCAUUUCUAAAUCUCUUGUCAUCUCGCACUGAAUGUCACUUACCUUUUGUCAUCUCUUAUUUUCAAUGAUCCAUUCACAUAAUUGUAACCGCUUUCAUAUAUACAACUCACACUUUGAUAAGGAUCACAAAAAUUCACAACUUUACUUAAACGUAG